UUGGUUCUGUCUCCUCAGCUAAUAGACGCCGCUCGUCUCUUCAGACAGUUCCACCUUCUAACGAUUUGUUCAAGAGAGAAGGGGUUGAAAGAUGAGUCGUGGAAGCGCAGCUGUUGCCAAGGGAAAGAAGAAGGGAGUUUCCUUCUCCAUUGACUGCUCAAAGCCUGUUGAUGACAAGAUCAUGGAGAUUGCUUCUCUUGAGAAGUUUCUUCAGGAGAGGAUCAAAGUCGGUGGCAAAGCCGGUGCUCUCGGUGAUUCCGUCACAAUCACACGUGAGAAGAACAAGAUCACUGUCACUUCUGAUGGUCAGUUCUCCAAGAGGUAUCUCAAGUACUUGACGAAGAAGUAUUUGAAGAAGCACAACGUGAGGGAUUGGCUCAGAGUGAUUGCAGCUAACAAAGACCGUAACCUCUAUGAGUUGAGGUACUUCAACAUCGCUGAGAACGAGGGAGAGGAAGAAGACUAGAAUCUUACCAAUUACUCUUGUAUCGGUUUCUGCUCGUUACAAUUUUAUCUUUUUGCUCUCUGUUCUUUUUUUGACAGUUCUUGAUCUUAGUUUUGGUUGAAGUUGGACUCUUGUUUUCAGACAAUUAUUUGAGAAAAGAAUAUCGUAUGAUUCCUGAAUCUAUUAAUGGGGUUUAAGUAUAAUGUUACCCUCCCCCAAAAAAUAGUGAUACGUUAUAUUCUUAAUUUUAUGGUCUAUAGACCAAUAUAACGUACCCAUAACAAGAGAUCAGUUUAUUGUUAAG